UACUUAAAUACUUUACAGGACUGGUAAUAAUUCAUUGCUCAGCUUAUUUAAACUUCAACGGUUGUAGACUCAAUAUCAAACAUCUAAUUCAGAAUUUACUUACGUACCUAUGUAUUCACGCAUCACGCUGUACUGCGAAUACUGGAACGCGAUAAAUCAUCGCCAUGUCGAGUUUCCCGGCGGCGGUGAUUGCGUUGUGCACAUCGUCCGCACUGCUCCAGUGGACGCCUGUCGGUGCCGCCAACAUCCUGGCGAUACAGUCGAUCGCGGCCAAGAGCCACUGGAACGUGAUGCAGGCCGUGUUGCGUACGCUGACUGACCGCGGCCACACCGUGACCGCGUUCACGCCGUUCGCGGACGGCGACAGGGGCGGUUACACGGAGGUGGACAUUUCCGGUGACCUGGAGUCCAAGGUCGGCUUGAACGUGUCGCGGUAUACCCGGUCUACGCGCCAGAUGUUCACUUACAUGGUGAACGCCUUGCGGGUCAACUGUGGGACCAUAUUCGAACACCCGCGAAUGCAAGACAUUUUGGAAGGCCGGUCGCCACCAUUCGACGCGGUGAUCGCCGAGGCUCACUGGUCGGAUUGCGUGUCGUACGCGGCUACCGUUCUCCGCGUUCCCGCCAUAUACGUCGUCCCUUCGCCGAUCGUCACGCACGCGGAGCGUUCGUUCUUCGGUCACGUCCCCAACCCCGCGGCCGUCUCCAACUUACUGUCGCCGCGCGGCGUGCCGAAAACGUUCGGUGAACGUUUCGCCAAUACGCUGCGUACGGUUUACGGUUCGUGGCUGGUUUGGGACAACGAACGGAGGCUCCGGCAGUCCGACCGGCGACCGUUUGACGCUAUGGACCUGGUCAGACCGUCGUUGACUUUCACCAACACGCACUUCAUCACCGAACCUUCUAGGCCAUUGACACCGGACGUCGUACAAAUCGGCGGCAUACAUCUGACUCCGCCGGGAACGAUACCAAAGGACAUUUUGGAAUUCAUUGACAACGCGCCCAAUGGAGUGAUUUACUUAACGUUCGGUUCGGUGGUUUUGAUGACAUCGUUACCGGAAAAUAUACUGAGAGCGUUAAAAGAGGCAAUCGCUCGGGUUCCGCAGAAGGUAUUGUGGAAGUACGAAGGUGAAAUGGUAGACAAACCGAAGAACGUGAUGACGCGAAAAUGGUUUCCACAACGCGAUAUACUUCUGCAUCCUAACGUGAAACUGUUUAUCAGUCACGGGGGUAUAUCUGGAGUAUACGAAGCUGUAGACGCAGGCGUGCCAUUACUCGGAUUUCCGAUUAACUACGAUCAACCGAGAAAUAUCGACAAUCUGGUCGACGCCGGAAUGGCGAUCUCUUUGGAUCUCUUUUCCGUAACUACAGACACGGUUUUUAACGCCAUUAUGGAGAUUGCAGACAACGACAGGUACCGACAAAACGCUAAUAUUGCUUCCGAUAGGUUCAAAGACCGGCCCAUGUCACCAGCGGAGUCGGUGGUUUACUGGACUGAGAACGUUUUGCGUCAUAACGGAGCACCACAUUUAAAAUCUCACGCUCUGAACCUGACGUGGUAUCAAUAUUUUAUAGUCGAUAUAAUUAGCACAUUUUUUUCCGUUGGGUCUGUCCUUUUUUUCAUAAUUUAUUGUGGCCUAAAAAUGAUUUGUAAACACGUUUAUACAUUUUUCCACAGUGUCAAAGAAAAACGAGAAUAA